AUGGUCAGAGAUGGAGUCGUGAUCGGAGUAGUUGGAUGGGGGACCGUCCUCAGGGGUAGCGCCGUCCUUCACGCCGUCUCUGGCCACAUUCGUUCUCCCUCCACCCUCGACAUCGUCUUCGGCAAGGAAACCUCACUAGAGUUGGUAGUGAUUGGCGAAGAUGGAAUUUUAGAAUCAGUCACUGAGCAGUCUGUAUUCGGCAUUGUAAAGGACCUUGCCAUUUUAAGAUGGAAUGGGGAAUAUCGUGAAUCAACACCCCAGACACAAGGGAAGGACCUUUUAGUUGUGAUUUCAGAUUCUGGAAAGCUCUCUUUUCUUACCUUUUGCUCUGAGAUGCACAGGUUCUUUGCUGUGACACAUGUUCAGUUAUCUGCUCCUGGGAAUUCAAGGCAUCAACUUGGGAGAAUGUUAGCUGUUGAUCCUGCAGGCUGUUUUGUUGCUGUUAGUGCAUACGAUGAUCGGAUUGCUCUAUUAUCUGUGUCCAAGUCUGCCAGAAACAAUAUUGUUGAUGAGAAAAUUGUCUACCCACCAGAAAAUGAAGGAGAGACAAAUGCUGUAAAGGAAACUUCAAGAGCUGAUGUUCGUGGUACAAUUUGGAGCAUGUGCUUUAUUCCAAGUGAAGAUAAGAGAGGACAUAACCCUAUACUGGCAGUUUUAAUGAACAGGAAACCCAUUGGUGAGAAUCAAAUAGUAUUAUUUGAAUGGAAUCUAAGCACACGAAGUAUCCAUGUUAUCUUUCGGUAUUCAGAAGCUGGUCCUUUAGCACACCAUAUUUCAGCAGUUCCUCAUCUUUCAGGCUUCGCUUUGCUUUUCAGAAUUGGUGAUGUUCUUCUUAUUGAUAUGAGAAACCCCCAUUCUGUUAGUUCCAUUUACAAAAUGAAUCUUGAUUUAGAUGCUGCAGCUGAAGAACAAAGUUCUUUUGAAGAUCCCUGCAGAGGUUUGUUUGUUGAUGAUGAAGGUAUGUCCAAUGUGGCUUGUGCUUUGUUGGAAUUGAGGGAUUCUGGGGAUGACGAUCCCAUGAACAUUGAUAGUGAAAGUGGAAGAUCAGUUUCUACGUCAAAGUACAUUGUUUCUUGGAGUUGGGAACCUGUUGGAUCAACUAGUUCAAGGUUGAUUUUUUGUUUGGACACAGGAGAACUGCAUAUACUUGAAAUUUGUUCUGAAGUUGGGGGAGUCAGAGUUUUGUCUAACUGUGUCUACAAGGGUUCACCUUGUAAGACGCUUCUUUGGAUUGAAAGUGGAUUUAUUGCUUGUCUUGUUGACAUGGGAGAUGGCAUGAUUUUUAAGUUGGAAGAUGGAAGGUUGCUAUACAGAAGUCCAAUUCAGAAUAUAGCACCAAUUUUGGAUUUAGCUGUCGAGAAUUUCCCUGAUGAGAAGCAGAACCAAAUGUAUGCCUGCUGUGGUAUGAAUCCUGAGGGAUCAAUAAGAAUAAUUCGAAAUGGUAUCAGUGUAGAGAAGCUUUUAAAGACUGCCUCUACUUAUCAAGGGAUAACUGGUACAUGGACAUUGAAGAUGAAGAAAAGUGAUGCUUAUCAUUCUUUUCUUGUUUUGUCUUUCGUUGAAGAAACCAGGAUACUUUCUGUUGGUCUGAGCUUUAAUGAUGUCACUGAUGCUGCUGGUUUUCUGCCUGAUGUCUCCACUGUGGCAUGUGGCUUGGUGGCUGAUGGAUUGCUUCUGCAGAUUCACAAGGGUGGGGUGAGACUUUGUUUACCCACAACAUGCGGUCAUCCUGAAGGAAUUCCACUCUCUGCACCAGUUUGUACUUCUUGGUAUCCUGGUAACAUGUCCAUCAGUUUGGGUGCUGUUGGACAUACUUUUUUCAUUGUGACUACUUCUAAUCCUUGCUUCUUAUUUGUUCUUGGUGUUAAACAUAUAUCAGCAUAUCAGUAUGAAAUAUAUGAGAUUCAACAUGUGAAACUGCAGCAUGAAGUAUCUUGCAUAUCUAUACCAAGAGAAAGUAUCAAACAUGACCAAUUAGCAUUAAAUUUAAAUCUAGCACAAAAGGAUCAUCAAGUUGCUCUGCAGAAUGCAGUUGACAAUGGUAUUACUUUUCUGAUUGGUACACAUAAACCAUCAGUAGAGGUCCUUUCGAUUGUAUUUGGAGUAGGGUUAAGCGUCCUUGCAGUUGGAACUAUUUCAAUAAAUAAUGCGCUAGGUACUCCUGUCAGUGGCAGCAUCCCUGAAAACGUGAGGCUUGUAUCAGUGGACCGGCCCUAUAUUCUUGCUGGCUUGAGAAAUGGAAUGCUACUUCGUUAUGAAUGGCCUGCAGCCUCCUCGAUUCCUCUAGCAGAACAGAACAGACAAUUUGACUUUUUUAACAAAAUAGAUGCUUCAUCGUCACAAAUGAUGGCUUCUUUCUCCUUUGUUAAUGUCAAGAAGAAUGCUGAGAAUUCUAAAACAGUUAUUCUGCAAUUGAUAGCCAUCCGUCGGAUUGGGAUAACUCCUGUAGUUUUGGUAGCCCUCCAUGAUUCCCUUGAUGCAGAUAUAAUCAUUCUCAGUGACAGGCCUUGGUUAUUGCAUUCUGCAAGACACAGUCUUGCUUAUACUUCUAUCUCAUUUCAACCUGCCACUCAUGUGACCCCCGUGUUUUCUGCUGAUUGCCCCAAAGGAAUUUUAUUUGUUGCCGAUAAUAGUUUACAUUUGGUGGAGAUGGUUCAUGCUAAGAGACUUAAUGUACAGAAGUUUUCGGUUGGAGGCACUCCGCGGAAGGUUUUAUACCAUCAUGAAAGUAAAACAUUGCUGGUGAUGAGGAUAGGACUACCUGGGGUUUGCUCAUCAGAUAUAUGUCGUGUAGAUCCCUUGAGUGGCUCGGUGCUCUCAAAGUUCGUGUGCGAACCUGGGGAAACAGCAAAAUGCAUGCAAAUUGUCAAGGUUGGAAAUGAGGAGGUUUUAAUUGUAGGAACUAGUCAAGUAUCUGGACGGAUAGUCAUGGCUAGUGGUGAAGCUGAGAGCACCAAAGGACGUCUUAUUGUGUUAAGUCUGGAAAGCUCACAGAGAUCCUCAGAUAGCAGUUCACUGAUGUUCAGCUCUAGUUUGAAUUUGCCUUCCCAUAUAUCUUCUCCUUUUGGCGAAAUUGUUGGGUACGCAACUGAACAGUUAUCAAGCAGUAGUCUCUGCAGUAGCCCAGAUGACAUCAGCAACGAUGUGGUUAAACUUGAAGAAAUGGAGGCACGGCAGUUGCGGUUAAUCUUUCAGGUUCAACUGCCUGGUGCCGUACUUUCUGUCUGUCCAUACUUAGAUCGUUAUUUCUUGGCAUCAGCUGGCAACAUCGUCAAUGUAUUUGGUUUUCUAAAUGAGAACCCACAACGACUGAGAAAGUUUGCUACGGCAAAGACACGCUUUGCUAUAACGUGUUUGGCUACGUAUUUUACAAGAAUUGCUGUUGGUGAUUGUCGGGAUGGCAUCCUUUUCUACUCGUACCGUGAGGAUAAUAGAAAAUUAGAACAGAUGUAUUCUGAUCCAGUACAAAGACUGGUUGCUGAUUGUGCACUUGUGGAUAUGGACACCGUUGUAGUAUCAGAUCGCAGUGGGAACAUCUCCGUUCUUUCCUGUGCGGAUCAUCUAGAAGGUAGUGCAAACCCAGAGAAGAAUCUAACACUAAACUGCUCAUUUUACUUGGGAGAAACUAUUAUGGGCAUUCAUAAGGGUUCGUUCUCAUACAAACUUCCAGUUGAUGAUAUGCCGAACAAGUGUAAUGGUGCAGAGAGAGCAUUUGAAGAUUCAUACAACAGUAUCGUGGCUGGUACGCUGCUCGGAAGUGUGCUUGUUCUGAUUCCCAUUACGAGGGAAGAGUAUGAACUGUUAGAAGCUGUACAAGCAAAACUUGUGCUUCAUCCAUUGACUUCCCCUCUGCUAGGAAACAUCCAUAAAGAGUUCCGUGGGCGUGGACCACUGGCAGGACCUACCAUGCUUGAUGGGAACUUGCUUGCCCAGUUCUUGGAGCUGACAAGUAUGCAGCAAGAAGACGUGGUUACAUCAUCAUCCACCGCCCAAAGUUCUAGGGGCACAAUACCAGAUUCUUGCCAUGGUUCUCCUAUUUCUGUCUGUGAGGUUGUUCGGGUGCUUGAAAGAGUUCAUUACGCCCUUAACUAGAAGAAUAUCAGUGUUUAUCACAUUUUAUAUCACGAGGUAUUUUCCGGGGAGAAAGAGACAACAGGGUGGUGGUGGUGACGUGCGAUCAACAAAUAAUUUUGCAUGAAUACGGACUUUAAGGUAAGAUGCAUACCAGAAUGAGGUUACUGGGACCUAAGCGGGAGAAAGUUUUAGUCAGAUGUCUCGAAUUUGUAUCGUAACUUUGAUUGCUUUGCCGUAAUGAAUUUAAUUGGUUUUAUACGUGGACAAUCCCCCUUGUCGGUUGCAUCUGCAUAUUAUCGUUGUCCAAAAUGCUCCAAGCUGUCAUAAAUAGAUGUGUAUUGUUUCAUCUUUAAUGAACGCAUAUAGAUAGUGAAACUGAAAUGAGGGAUUUUUGCAGCGACUGAUUUGUUUGUAAAAUAAAGACUAGCCCAGGUCGAGUUCGAUAAAACUUGUUUUUAUUCA